GACAGUCACAAGGCAGAAAAUGGACGAGCGAAACACCUGUCUUCCACACAACAGCAAAUGUCUGCUCUCAACAAGAUUGUCAAGCGUUCGAGCUCCAAGCCCUCCGAAACCGACCUCCUUGUUGCCCAAUGUCUUUACGACUUGGAGACCUCUUCCAAGGACUUGGCUAAGGAGCUCCGUCCUCUCCAAUUCACCUCUGCCCGUGAGGUCGAAGUUGGCAGCGGAAAGAAGGCAAUCGUUGUUUUUGUGCCCCAACCUCUUCUCAAGGCCUUCCACAAGGUUCAAGCCCGCCUCACCCGUGAGCUCGAGAAGAAGUUUGCUGAGCGUCAUGUCAUCUUCAUUGCUCAGCGCCGUAUCUUGCCCAAGCCUUCCCGUCACUCUCGUGUCACCCAAAAGCGUCCUCGCUCUCGCACUUUGACCGCUGUCCACGACUCUAUUCUCGAGGACAUCGUUUUCCCCACUGUGAUUGUCGGCAAGCGCACUCGUCAAACCACUGACGGUAAGAAGACCAUCAAGGUUUUCCUUGACAACAAGGAUGCCAACACUGUUGACUACAAGUUGGGUUCCUUCACUGCCAUCUACCACAAGCUCACUGGUAAGAACGUUUCCUUUGAGUUCCCCGUUACCGCUGGUGAGGGCUUGUAAGCAGUGUGAAUGCUUCUGCCAGCACGUUGUGUAGCGAGAACUUUUUCCUGUCGAAAGCAGGAGGGAUUGUAGAUUCGUGCUAGCGAAUGAAUGGUUUUCAGGGCACAAUUGCCAUCAAUGGUGAGCUGAAGCUUGACAUAUAUUAUUGAGGGAGAGAAGGGGGAGGAGAGAGUUGGUAGGGUAUGGUAGUGAGGGUAAGGUAGUGCAUUGGUUUAUUGGAAGUAGGAAGCGGUUUAG